GCGGCAGCGGCGGCGGGGCUCUGCAGCUACAGGAGCCCAGCGCAGGCCGCGCAGCCGGGGCCGCUGUGCGCCGUGACCGUGGGCUGCGGAGCCCGGCCGGCCGGCGGGGAGAGUGUGAUCCUGUUGAAGAGUAGCUGCUGCUCUGAUUCUCAGACUCCUCAAGGCCUUAGGAGCUAGCAGGCUUCACACUACCUCAAAGAAGAAACAGUGCCUGCGCCUUCAUCAAGAGGACGCUCUCCAUUGCUAUGGACACCGAGUCCACGUAUUCUGGAUAUUCCUACUACUCACACCAUUCAAAAAAAUCUCACAGACAAGGAGAGAGAACUAGAGAGAGACACAAAUCACCCAGGAAUAAAGAUGGCAGAGGGUCAGAAAAAUCUGUCACCAUUCAAGCUCCCACCGGAGAGCCCCUCUUGGCAAAUGAUUCUACUCAGACGGAGGAAGUCCAGGAUGACAAUUGGGGAGAGACCACCACGGCCAUCACAGGCACGUCAGAGCACAGCAUCUCCCAAGAGGACAUUGCCAGAAUCAGCAAGGACAUGGAGGACAGCGUGAGGCUGGACUGCAAGCGCUACCUGGGCCUCACCAUCGCUGCAUUCCUCGGACUUCUAGUUUUCCUCACCCCCAUUGCCUUCAUCCUGUUACCCCCGAUCCUGUGGAGGGAUGAGCUGGAAUCUUGUGGCACAAUUUGUGAGGGACUCUUUAUUUCCAUCUCAUUCAAACUCCUUAUUCUGCUCAUCGGAACCUGGGCACUUUUCUUCCGCAGGCAGAGAGCCGAUGUGCCACGGGUGUUCGUGUUCCGUGCACUGUUGUUGGUCCUCAUCUUUCUUUUCCUGGUUUCCUAUUGGCUUUUUUAUGGGGUCCGCAUUUUGGACUCUCGAGUCCGAAACUACCAGGACAUCGUGCAAUAUGCGGUCUCCCUCGUGGACGCCCUCCUCUUCAUCCACUACCUGGCGAUCGUCCUGCUGGAGCUGCGACAGCUGCAGCCCGUGUUCACGCUGCAGGUGGUCCGCUCCACCGAUGGCGAGUCCCGGUUCUACAGCUUGGGGCACCUGAGCAUACAACGAGCAGCACUGGUGAUUCUGGAAAAUUAUUACAAAGAUUUCACCAUCUAUAACCCAAACCUCCUGACGGCCUCCAGGUUCCGGGCAGCUAAACACAUGGCCGGGCUGAAAGUCUACAAUGUUGACGGCCCCAGUAACAACGCCACUGGCCAAUCCCGAGCGAUGAUUGCUGCAGCUGCUCGGCGCAGGGACUCGAGUCACAACGAGCUGUAUUAUGAAGAGGCUGAGCAUGAACGGCGGGUAAAGAAGCGGAGAGCAAGGCUGGUAGUGGCUGUGGAAGAGGCCUUCACCCAUAUCCAGCGUCUCCAGGCUGAGGAGCAGCAAAAAGCCCCAGGGGAGGUGAUGGACCCCAGGGAGACGGCACAGGCCAUCUUCCCCUCCAUGGCCAGGGCACUGCAGAAGUACCUGCGCACCACUCGGCAGCAGCACUAUCACAGCAUGGAGAGCAUCCUGCAGCACCUGGCCUUCUGCAUCACCAACAGCAUGACCCCCAAGGCCUUUCUAGAACGAUACCUCAGUGCGGGCCCCACCUUGCAGUAUGACAAAGAUCGCUGGCUGUCUACGCAGUGGAAACUUAUUAGUGACGAGGCUGUGACUAACGGGCUACGAGAUGGAAUCGUUUUUGUCCUCAAAUGCUUAGAUUUUAGCCUCGUAGUCAACGUGAAGAAAAUUCCAUUCAUCGUACUCUCUGAAGAGUUCAUAGACCCCAAAUCUCACAAAUUUGUUCUUCGCUUACAGUCUGAGACAUCGGUUUAAAAUUUCUAUAUUUGUGGCUUUAU